AUGAUUGGACGUUACGUUCAACUGAUCACUCUAGGAGUCAGGAAGCAAUCCAAGAACAAGAAUUUUGAAUCUAGACCUCUGAUGGCCUUGUCACGCCAUGGGAUCAACCGGCAGACCGCGAACAGAAUUGUGGAUGUGCAGCAGUCCCCGUCGGCUACUAGGAAUCCAGUGAUUGCAGACGGCCCACCACAUCUAAGCUGCCCUACCUUCCAUUCAACGCCCUUCAAUCUCGAAGAGACUAGUAAAGUUUACUCUCCAUUGAUAGGUGACAGAAUCCGUUUACUUCGUAUACAUCCCUCCGCAAACGAAACAUCGGGCUUGGAAGCCGACUUAUUACAUUUCCCACUACUGUCUGCUCAGUUGAAGAACUACAAAGCCUUAUCUUACACAUGGGGGUUAGAGAAAGCUUCGGUAUCUAUUGCCAUAAAUGGUGUGUCCAUAUUGAUCAGACCAAACCUUGACAAGAUACUGCGAAAACUAAGGGCUCUUGGAUAUGAGUAUAUAUGGGUUGAUGCUAUUUGCACAAAUCAGGAAGACGGCACAGAACGUAGUGCCCAGGUAGUUCGCAUGCGAGCCAUUUACUCUGGAGCACAAUCAAUAAUCGUCGCCACUGAAACUGGAGCUUCUACCGCUGCAGACCGGCUCAUUCAAAUACUUGGUUCCGUUGGAAAAAUAUCACAUCCGAUCAGCGACGCUACCAUUGCCGCCGAUACCAGUUUUGCCGCCGAUACACUCAACGACGAACUGACUUUCUCGGCGCUUGAAGCAUUCUUCGGAGACCCUUACUGGAAAAGGAUAUGGAUCUUACAAGAGUUUGCGAUUGGAUACAACACAGAAUUUCUUAUCGGGAACCGUACGAUUGCGGCCACCAAGUUGCGGGCAUUACUCGAGAAGCUGAACGCGCAAAGUUCAGUUAAGGAUUGGUGGAUCGAAAAGAUGCAGAACACGCAAAGUUCAGUUAAGAAUCGGUGGGAUCAAGUGAACACUGUUUUCAAGAUCCGAAUGGAUUGGCAGCGAGAAGUUUCACUGAAACUUCUACUACUUCUUGAGAUCACCCAGGGGUCAUUGUGUAGUGUCAGACAUGAUCGUAUCUUUGGCCUACUUGGACUUUCGGUCGAUGCGCUGAAGUACCUGCCCGAACCAAAUUAUAACAUCGACCUGACCACGAUGACAGUGGCGAUCACACGUGCCUACAUUCAGAGAAACACGUUAGAGAUCAUCUUCUUAGCCCCGCAUUGCCCUCACACUGAUCUACCGACCUGGUCUCCAAAUUUUUUCCAUUUUGAUUCCUUCCCUCCUGAAAGCCGAAUAAUCCGCAUGAUAUCAAACAGCGAUUCCAAAUCCCGCUGGCGAGCGACAAGUGAAGAGGAAUCAAGCAUAACCUUCCAAGACCAGAGUCUGCUGACGCCUGCUGCUCGUAUUGGAUCCAUUCGCAGUGUUGGAACUACAUUUUCCGACCCUACGGAAACAGGAUUUCCAGUUCACGACACUAACUGGGCCAGAAAAGUAGGUUCUUCUCACCUCUGUAGAGAAUUCUACGAAGCAAUGCUUGAAAUACUUUACACGCCAAACGCCAAACCUUCUUCUCUCAGAACGGCCCACAAACGCAUGUGCGCUGUACAUGGGCAUAGUUUUGUUAAAAGCUUCCUCCCGAGUUAUGGGUCACCAGACCCAGAGAUGCAACACAGCGAGUUGGUGACAUGGAUUUGUGCGAACAGAGCCUUUUUCACUGGCGCAAGCACACUGGCGGAGAGUGCGACGCAGCUUAGACAUCCCUUGUUGAUGUAUGGCUGGAAUGCUUGGAGUUGGACUUACUGGGAUAACAGAUUUUGGGGAAAUGAAGCGAUUUUGGUAUGGAGGAAAAUGAGCAUGAUGGCAAAACUUGACAUGCGCUUGAUGUGCUUGGAUGGCGGUCCAGAGUACCAGAUCGGCUGGGCGGCGAAAGGAGCGCGACUACACGAUGAGGUCUUCCUCAUCCCUGGUUGUAGUAGUCCUGCUAUUCUACGCAAGCGGCCUGAUGCAAAGUACGAGGUUGUAGGUGACGCGAUCGUUACAGGAGCUAUGCAAGGAGAGCUUUGGGAGAAGUUGCGUUCAGAACACGUCCAGAACAUCGAGAUUGUGUAG